AUGACAACGAUGUUCGUCCAACUGCGCCGUGUGGUGUACCUGUUGGUACUUCUUCACUGCUGUAUGUGUGUGGCAUAUGCGGAGGAUGGAAGUGAUGCCGGGGAAGUCUCUUCAUCGAAUGCAGAAGAUGUGUUUGGUUCAGCGGAACGAAACUUAACAGUGGCGGUAGACAGCGCAUAUGAGCACAUUCUCUAUGUGUAUGGUUGUAUGUCUGCGUUUAAGGAAAAAAAAAAAUUAUGCGAGGAUAAUUCCGAGCGUGCUGCAGCCGUUGCGAAGAAAAUCAACGCUUCUCUUGAAGAGAUCAAGAAAUUAGAAGAAGAUGAUAAGAAGUGGGAGCAAUAUGGUAAGUGGAUAAAUGACAAUGAGGCUAAAAUAAAAGAAAACUUAAAAGAAUAUGAAAAUGUGACUUCUUCAAUCACAGACAUAGUGCUAUUGAGUGAAGCUUGUAAGAAACCACCUCACAACUUGGUAAAUUUGACGAAGCAACUUGGCGAGGCUCGAAGGCGUUUUUUGGAAGUACAUCAAAACAAAACGCACGAAAAGCCGGAGAUAAUGAGACUCGAUAAAAACAGCAGUAUAACAAAACAAAAGUUGAGUGACCUCACAGAACGACUCGGAUCCGAGCAUGAUGAACUCAAACCACUUAUGGACGUCACAAAAUCAGUGGUUAAAGCAACCAGAGCAGUGGAAGACCUCAGGGAGUCUUUGGGAUUGGACUCGUUGCGCUUAAUGGGGAACAAAGAAGAAUGGAAUAAAGAGUUAAUGAGAAGAGAGGAGGAGAGAAGGAGCGACGUUGCUAGAAUGUUGGAGGAGGCGAAAGCAAAAAUAAAAGAAGAAAUUCAUCGUCGGGUACAGGAGGAGCUGCUUGAAGAGGAAAAAAAGAGAAAAGAUGUGGAGCAACCGCCAACGAAAACAGAAGGGUCAGGGGGUAGUGAAGAGGAAACAAACAAAGGGGUUGAAGAGGCGGAGAAAGAACAGGUGACACGGGCCGCAGAAAAGGUCAGGGAAGAAGAGACGAAACGGGCAGCAAAAAAGGCCACGAAUGGGAAUGACGGCAGCCACAGUCCUGCAUUGGUGCACAGUCCCUUAUUGUUGAUUCUCUUGAGUGUGCUGGGCUGCACUCUCGUGUGCUAA